CCAGCCGCUCGCUCUACUAAUUCACUGAGAUGUUUCUGGCUUGAAGAGUAUAGAGACCUUGAUGUGUGAGUGCAGUUCUUCUCUUCCCCUCCCCCCUCCCAACCCCCGGUCUUCCAAGCACAUCUAUACAAACAACCACACAAUUCUCCCAUCGAGUAUCUUUUCCCUUCUACGGUAGGUAAUCUACCCACUGUCGAGUCCAAUCUCUUACCCCACCAACCGACGCAAUGUGCCAAUUGAUCGUCUUCUGGUACACUUGCGACCAUCUCAUCCUCUCUUCCAUGAAAUGUCCCUUUGACGGCGCAACCACCCACGAGGAAGAAACCACGACGGUCUCCCUGGCCGACUACCCGUGCUGGCUCUGCAAGCAGGGACCGAGCCACGCGCAAUGGGAGAAAGUCGAGCGAUUGAAAUGGGCCAUCCUCACCGUGGCGCAGCUGGAGUUCAUCCUCGACAUUUCCUCCUACGACGCCGACUUUCUCUUCAGAAUCGCAGACUUCUUUGCGCGCGGGGACCACAAACGCUGGGGCCAGCCGGGCGAGACCAAGGCCAAAUACACAGGGAAGGACCCCUACAUCAUGAGCCUGGAACUGGAAGUUACCCUGGCGGCGCGCGGCGAUACUAACUUCCCCAUGAACGCUGGCCUGAUGUUUGAUCUCGAGUUUUUGCUGUACAAGCGGUUCGAUGUCACUAAUGUUUCUACUUUGUUCUGGCCGUUGAAGGAUUGGCGUGCUCCCAGCACUUCUUUUUACUCUUCCUCGACUAUGAAGCGUUUGCCAUCGGGGAAUAUGGUGUGCGACGAAACGGUGAAUGCUAUCCCUCAACUCGCUUCGCAAUAUGUUGGCGGACAAGCGUCCAGCUCCAAUUCAUCUGAUACUCCACCAAGCAUGAGCAUCAACACCUGGAGCACAACCUUUCCUGAUCCCACCCAAGGCCCAACUGCACCCGGCUUCCCGACUUCCCGCGACGUCGGGUCAGACUGGAUGAAGCUGCAGGACAGCGACACAUCUGCAAUCCGGCCCAAGUCCCUGAUCCAAAUGCCUCGUUGCACGCCGAGACGCUCCCAUUCAGCUACACAACCCCCAUUCUAUCUGCGAGGCCAAUGUCCAGCAGUGCCAGCGCCAGCAUGAGCCCAAUGUCCAUGCCCGUGUCCCAGAACCACUACACCCACGGCCACGCUCACACCGAGCACCCACAACAACCCAUUCCCAUGAACCUACCCA